UUUUUUCUCAUAACAAACUUUAUGGACAAACGGCCAAAGUGAGGAAAACACACUUCCUGCUUGGAAUCUUAACGGUAGCGUCUAGUCUACCUUCGUAGAGAGGACCUUUCUUAUUAACUGAUGAGAGGCAGGCAUCGGCAGCUGGGGAUAGGAAGACGGCGCUGGAGAAGACAAGCUGCUACAGUGGCCUGUUACGUUACGCCAGGUUAGCCAAUGAGAAUGCAGGGACAUGUAAAAGAUCUGGAUAUCAAUAAAAUCCUGCAAGUGGCUGAAUCUUUGGAGAACAUUGUAUGUCGCUGUUUUGGACCUGAUGGAGGACAGGUUCUAUUUAUGAAAUCCACUGGUGAUCUUCUUAUUACUAAAGAUGGAAGAAGAAUACUGGAGUACCUUUUAUUGGACCACCCUGUUGCAAGAAUGAUCGUGAACUCUGCCUCCAGGCAUUACAGUGUUACUGGUGAUGGUGUGAAAUCCUUUGUUCUACUGCUGUGUGCAGUCCUCCGAGAGCUCCAGGCGACAGCUGAUAGACAUGAAGGUCUGCUUUUAUCUGGGAACCCAACAGUGAACACGCGAUAUCAAAGGCAAGGUCAUGUGUUAAGAAGGAUCAGCAAUAUGCUGUUGACUUUCCAGACCCGAGUUCUGGAGCACAUCAUAGCAAAACACCUCUGUCCCCAUUUUCUUUCUGUUUUUUCAAAUAUAAAAGGAGAUAUUACUUUGUGUAGAACCUCUAUACAGCAAACACUGGACGCCUAUUUCUGUGGAAGAGUUGGAUGUAACAACCGGAUGUUUGUUAGUAGACUGGCCUGUGAUUAUCUGUACAGCUGUUUACUAGACAUUAAUAAGAUUUAUGAUGUAGUCAGUUUAGUGAGCAAAAGCUUCGAUGACCUGCACACCGAAGUUCCAGGACUGCCAGUAGAUAAUUCCAGGAUAUUACCUGGUUUAGUACUGCGCCGGCCUUUUUCUGUGUAUUGUCCAGCAGAGGGAGAACUGCAUGCACUAAUUGUGACAGAGCAGAUCCAUCAGUCUCUGUCUGCAUCUGACAUAGGAUUUGUCGUCUCUUCAGGUGUUCAGCUUCAGGUUUCACAGCAAUACGUAAGGGAAAGGACUGAACGUAUAUUAAAACAAUUGCAGAAUAACCAUAUCAAGCUAAUAUUCUCAAGUGUUAAGCAACAAGAAAUUGUACUUUUCUAUGCAAAACUGAGCGGGAUAUCUAUAGUAGACUGCCUAACAUCAGAAGAGAUUGGUGUUCUGUGCACGAUUACUGGGACAUCACCACUGUCCAAACCACUGGGUGAUGUUCUUCUAUCUGACACUUUUCUAGCAACAAGUUGCAGACCACUUCUAAUUGGGUGCAACAAGUAUGUACAUCUUAUUGUAAGUGGUUCAUCGGCCUUCAAGCCACACAGCCUUGUGUUUUGUGGGCCUGUUAAAGGUCUAAGUGAGCAGCUUGCUGCUUCUUUUCAUGGCUCUUUUAUGAUGCUCAGUCAGUUGUUUCAGCCGUUAGAUGCGACUUGGGAACAGCCAUCAAAUAGUCCAUGCAAUUGCUUACCAAAUAGAAGUGUGUUAGCACAAAAACAAAACCAGCAUUGCAGCAAGUGCCAGAAUGACUUCACAGGUGAGAGGACUGAACAGGCUAUUGUAACGCACUGCUCAGUAGAAAAGGACGUUCACAAAUGUACAGUUGGUGACUGCAUAACCAAAUUAAGCACAGGUAAUAUGUGGUUAAGUCAAGUGGAGGGAAAAGGCCAACAUGAUGCAUGGACCGAAGGCUCUACAGAUACUGCUACACAAAUACCGCCUGCAUCAUUUCAGAAUGUUGGGCUGGUACUGCCAGGUGGGGGAUCAUUUGAAAUGUUAUUACAGCAUCAUUUACAUAACUUUGCAAAAACAUGUCAGGAGGCGGACCUAGCAAUGAUCUCUGCUAUGUUUGGAAAUGCUCUCUUGUGUAUUCCCAGGCAAAUCUACCAAGCAAGGAAUAGAAAUAAAUGUUUUCCACUGUUUUAUUCAAAAUAUACUGAUAGAUUACAAAAACAAAACUGGCUAGAUUUGACACAAACUGGCCUUGAAUCUGUCUCCUGCAAGUACCAAUUAGUGGCUUCAGUUCUCCAUUGCAUUAGUAAACUUGUGAGCAUAAACAUGAUUGUUGCUAUAAAGAGAGAACCGAAAACCAGUGUGAGUGAAGAAACAGAUGAGGAUAUCUGAGCAUUGAUCUUCUGAAAGGAUCAGUCUGUGAUAACUAUUCAGUUUUCUAAAGGUCUGUUGUGAUUGCAGUGUUCAAGGUAGGAUGGAUGGAGUUAUAACGUAUUACAGUUUGAUAUGAGGAGCCUUGAUUACUGUCAGUAUUGUAUGGUUUCUUGCAGACCAUGGGAUCCUUGUUUCAGGUUUUGUUUAUGCUGCAGUAAACGCAACAGCUUAAAACUGUAGUGUGUCUUAAAAGGGAUUGUUUCUGAUAAGUAGGAGAACUAUGGGGGUCAUUCCGACCCGUUCUCAAGCAACGGGUGCAGAAUGCACAUGCGUGGCUGCCGCAGGGCGCGUGCGCGGCAUUGCCUGGCGACGGGUCGCUGGGUUACAUCGUGGCUACUGACGGAAGCGGUCGCAGCGGCGACCACUAAGAAGAUUGAUAGGAAGGAGGCGUGGAUGGGCAGAUCCGGACCGCUUGGAGCCGUUUUCGGGGAGUGGUGAGUAAAAUGCAGGCGUGUCCAGGACAACGGUGUGCGGAGGAGUGACGUCAAAGCCGGGCCCAUCAUCGCUGGAUCCAUCGCACAGGGUAAGUAUGUCCAGGGCUAGUCUAGUUUUGCUUGCAAUUUAUCCUGCUAAGCUAAAAUACACUGCCCCAUAGGCGUGGACUAUUGAUGGCAGCAGCAAAAAGUUGCUAGCUGCGAUCAACUCGGAAUGACCACCUAUAUUCUAAUACUAGUAAAGGGACCCGGCUAUCAUAUGCAGUUUUGUCAGUCUGACCAGUGCCCCGCCCCUACUCUGUUCUGCUCACCCCCCCCCACCCCCUCUGUCCUACUGGUAAGUUCCGCUCCUCUGCUCCCAUUCCGUUUGCCACUCUGUGCCACACGCUUAUUGUCAGUUGCCCAGGCCCCCACUGCGUCCUGCCCUUACCCUUCAACGGCUGCAUACUUAACUCCAGGCAGAUCCUCCUCCUCUUCUGCCAGGGUCUUGUUCCCUUGCUCUAGCAGUGGGAGCGUUUUUUUUUUUUUUUUUUUUACAUAUAAUUUAGCUGACUCAUUUCUUGGUAGUUCAAACAGCCUUCCCAAAACAAGUCAAGCAGCUAAGGAAUUUAAUUUAGAUCUGCUUUUGCCACAGUCCAAACCAUUUAGCACCCAUGCCAAAUUCCAUGUGGUUGAAUGCUUUUGACAGGGGACCAUCCUUUAGCUUGCUACAUAUUAACAUUGAUUGUUCUCGCCAGAUGAAGACCGUUGUUUUGAUUCCAGAUGCACAGCAACUUACCAGCAUUUUCAUCUAAAACAUCCACAUUGACCAACCAAAUCGUAUGGGCAACUAAAGUGAAGUUUAAGUUUCCAAGCAAUGACCAAUAUAUUUGAAGCUUAAUUUCUCACACCUGUGUAUUUUGAAUUAUUUAUUAUUUUACCCAGGAUGUUUUGUGCCAUUAGAUGAAGCAUAAAAAACCCACAUUAUGCAUCUAUGUAUAUUGAAUUGCUUAUGAAAGCUUGAAAAGCCAGAUGCUCUCUUUUAAAAGAGCUCUGCCUUUCAGUUGAUGGCUAAACAAAGGCUAAGUUCUGCAUAUGAAUAUUAGAGUGUAGUACAACUGAUUCUACAGUACUUGUUACACAGAUGUUGACUAAAGUUAUUACAUUCCUAAAAUAUUACCAAAAUUACUGAUACUGAUAAAAGUAGAAUAAUGGUCAAGUUAAAGUCAUACAGAUAUGACCAUGAUACAAGAUGAGUUAUCGAAAACAAACAGUUUCAUUAUGAUUGAAGUCUGUUGUACUAUCCAUCCAGUUAACGUAUUGCACCUUUCAUUGCAAAACAAUUCUCUUGACAUUUGUGCUUAAACUUAUAUUAUUUUGCAAAUAAGUUUACAUCUUCUACCAAUUUCUAAAAUAUUACAUACAAGGAGGUGCUUGUAGUGUAGUAAUUAAACCUUUGGAAAGGUAGUCUGCAUAUUUGUGAUUAAAUAAACCGGUUUAUAUGAAUACUUAUAUGACUUCCAGUAUUACUUGCUGAAAUCGCACCAGGCACCAAAUACACCAUGGCAAGGGCCCAAGACCUACAAUACUGCAGUAUAAAAAUGUUUUAUAAUAAUGGAUUAAAAAUCCCUACACCAAAAAGAGCAUAGUAGCGCUUAUCUAUUUAAUUGACUGGACUAGUGAUAGCAUUUUUUAAUGUGUAUAUCUGACAGUAAUUUGA